CACAUCUCAUGGAAAUAGAUAGAAUUCACAAGAAGAUUUUUAGACACAAUUCGGCAUUUUAGAAGGUUGUAUCUUUUUGCGUAUUUUUCACGAAAUUCUUAUCGGCAACAUUGGACUGAUUGCCUAGCUCUUGCCUCUUGCAAAGUUGCAAGUUGCAACACACAUUAAAGUUUGGCACUUGAUAACUUUUUGUUUAUUGUACUUGUGGUUGUAGUUAAAAAGUUCAUACAGUUCAAUCACUGAAGUUGGAACAGUUCAAAAUGCUACGAUUUCUGAGUAGAAGAGGUCGUUCUUCCAGUCAAAAUCGCAAUAAACAAGCACAAAAGUCCUCAAGCAACAAAAAUUUAAUACAAUGCAAGGUAAUGUUACUUGAUGAAACUGAUUUAUCUAUUAAUCUGUCUAAAAAAGCUAGUGCUGCUGACCUUUAUGAGCAAGUUUUUUAUUCAUUAGAUUUGAUAGAAAAAGAUUACUUUGGACUUCAAUUCACUGACACAAACAAUGUAAAACAUUGGUUGGAUCCAACUAAAACUAUUAAAAAACAAGUGAAAAUUGGACCGCCAUACACAUUGAGAUUAAAGGUAAAGUUCUAUUCAUCAGAGCCAAACAAUUUGCGAGAGGAACUUACAAGAUAUCAAUUCUUCUUGCAAUUGAAAAGGGAUAUCUUAGAAAGCAAACUGGAAUGCCCUCAUCCUACUGCAGUGGAACUUGCUGCAUUGGCACUUCAAUCUGAACUGGGAGAUUUUGAUGAAACAAUCCAUACACCUGCUACAGUUUCGGAAUUCAGGUUUGUGCCCAACCAAACCGAAGAAAUGGAGAUUGAGAUAUUGGAAGAAUAUAAAAAAUAUAAAGGUCUUACUCCUGCACAGGCUGAAGUCAACUAUUUGAAUAAAGCUAAAUGGCUAGAAAUGUAUGGUGUUGACAUGCACAUUGUUUUAGGAAAAGAUGGGUGUGAGUAUCAUCUAGGAUUAACACCUACAGGUAUACUGGUAUUUGAAGGUCCCCAGAAAAUUGGCCUCUUUUUCUGGCCUAAAAUAAGUAAACUAGACUUCAAGAAAAAGAAAUUGACUCUUGUAGUUGUUGAAGAUGAUGAUCAAGGCCGUGAACAGGAACAUACAUUUGUAUUUCGUUUGCAUAAUGAAAAAGCCUGUAAACAUCUUUGGAAAUGUGCUGUAGAACACCACACCUUCUUCCGAUUGAGAGCACCAGUAAAGGGACCAUCUGCUAGACAAAACUUCUUUAGAAUGGGUUCCAGGUUCCAAUACUCAGGAAAAACUGAAUAUCAAACAACACAACAAAAUCGUGCUCGCCGCACUGUGCAAUUUGAAAGGAGACCAAGUCAAAGGUUUGCUAGAAGACAAAGUCAUGUUUUGAGAGAAAGAGAGAAACAAAAUAAUGCAACUAAGGCUGAAGCUCCUGCACAAGUAGAACCAAGUAAUGAAACACCAAGCACAUCUUUUGAUACUACAACUUUGGUCCCUGAUGCCAACACAUUGUCACGUAAGAGUAGUGCCAAGUCACAAAAGUCAACACUCAUGGAGAGUGAUACUAAGUUGGCAGAUGUUGGUGAACAUUCAUCUUCUAAGAAUCUCCUUAAUGAAGAUCCACCUGAGGAAGUUUUGAUGUCUAAAGAGGAUGCUAUCAGCAAUAAAGUGCUCUUUAAAGUGGAUAAACCUUUUGUGGAGGAAAAGAAAAAUAAUUUGACUCAACUUGUUAUUAACAAACCUUCAUGCAACUGUUCUCCUGUUAGUGAAUCUAAUCCAUUGAAUGAUUUAUUAAUGAGUCUAGUGAAAGAGAAAUUAAAUAAUGAAGAUUCUAAAAAUGAAGUUAAAAGAGAUCAGUUGGACUCUGGAACUGAUAAAGAAAUACCAAACAACCAAGCUAAAUGCUUUUUGUCAUCUAAUAAAACACUUCCACCUGGGCAACUCAAAUGUAACAACAUCCUAAAGGCCCGAGAAAAUGAAGUUAAGAUUAUCAAUGAGUCUACAAACAUUAAUCUAGCUUUACCUUCCACACCUUCUCCAAAGAUAUUGAAUGAACCCCCAGCAUUGACAGCUAACAAUUCACAAUAUGUGUCUAUUGUAGUGGUGGAACCACCUCACAAUCAAGCAAAAACAAUACCCAAGCCUGCAGAAAAAACUGAAGAUAUCACACCUAAAUCUCAGCCAAUUUCAUCUCUGUCACCUUGGCUUGUCACUUCUGAACCAAGUUCCCCCUCAGGCAUUGGUGAGAAGGAGAUAACUAUUAUACACCGCAAGUCUGUGAUAACCACACAAUUGUGAGUUGAGUAUGGAGCAUACAAUAUGUUACUGUAAAAGUACACAACUUUAGAUUUGCUAAAAUGACAGCUUUUAUAUUUUACAUUUUAUAUAGGUGUUAGAGUUUAUUGUAGUGCCUUAUUCUGUGCAACUCUAAUUUUCUCAUUUCAUGGGGUGCUCUAAAGUUAUUAUGUAACUUAAGAUUAGUGGCCUCUGCUUAAAAUCUGAGUAACUUAAAUAUUCUACAUAUUUAGCUACAGGUAUUUACUUUACUUUUCUCUCACUUUCAAAGUUUCUUUAGAAACCUAAAGUGAGAUGAUGCCACUAUCCACACGAGAUUUUCGCUACGGCUGCUGCAAUUAUUUUUGCAGCUUCUAAGGUGAUACAAAAAUCUACUUAGAUCAAUUUAUGAUAACAUUUGUUGCUUCUAAUUACUUAUGUAGUUAUAGAAACUUUAUUAAGGGACCAGAUAGUUGAACUUAUUAUAUACUUAGUAAAAUAAUGAUAUAUUUUUACAUUCCAUUUCUAUAUUUACAACAUGUACUUAAUGAACUAUAAGACUGGGAUAUUUUUGUCACAUAAAACAACGCCGUCCUUUCAGCCUCAUUUUAUCGUACUUAGUAUUUCAAAUCAUCAUUCAAGGUACAAUCAUAUUAUAAUUUUAAUAUCAGUAUUAUUGAAUUCAUCAAAUUAAAUUACGUUAUGUGCCAUAAAUUCACAUUGAAACUAGAAAAUGUUUGUAUUGAUUCAUUUACAUUAUAGUAAUUAUGUGAUUCAAUUAAUUAUGUUAUGAAUUUGGACACGUUUUUCAUAUAUUAAGUUUCCUAUUAAUUUUAUUAUGUUUGACUUAGUAUUUGUUCAGCAACCCAAUUUGCAGAGCUUAUGAGAUUUGUGUACGCUUCGCUGAUUUCAAACAUUAAGUUAGUACCGUCAAGCUCAUAAUUAUCGUAGUUGGAAUAUCUAACGAAUUUAUCCAUCACAAACAUUGUAACGCUUGCAUUUGGACUAAGGAUAUCUAUUAUACAUGGACACUUACUACAUGUGCAUCAAUGUUCGUCAAGGUUAUUUUUGUCACGUGAAAGAAUAGAUUUAUCUAUCAUCACAUUGGUUACAAAAGCGCCAAGCUCCUCUGACUCAUUUCUUGAAUCGAUAAAUCGAAAUCAUUUGUGUAUUACCCAAUCCAAAUUCUUAAUGUUGACAGAAUCGUAUAAACAAUUCCGUCAAAGACCUGUUUGAAGAGCAUAAGGCUUUAAUUUAGGCCAUAUUAAAUUGCUUCGACCUGGGCAUUAAGUUCAGGAUCUCACCGAUUUUAUAGGCAAAAUAGGAUAGAUCGAUGAGGAGAUUAUCUAUUUGCAGAUAAGCUACUCUUCCGCGUCUUUACAAUAUCCUUGCAGUUUAUUCCGCCUAAAAUAUAACAGAAUAAUACUUCCUAUAUUAAAACUGUUUACUAUGUACUUAAUAUCCAAUUUAUUCUUCCAAAAUAUGUAACAAUUAUGUUUAAUUUAGCAAUAAUUAUCCAAUUACAUAUCCGUGUAAUAUAAUAUAUGAACUUUUAUAUUUUAUAAACUCUAUAUCUAUGCACGUACAAUCACUUAAUUAAUGAUUGAUUCCAACAUAUGAUUAUGUGCUCGGUUUUGCCCGCGUGAUUAAGUUUUUCAGUGUUAAUAAAA